AUGUUUAAAUUUGUUCUUAUCGGGUUGAUGGUGGUCUGUGGUUACUCCGUUGUAGCGGAAAUAACUCCGCCUGUUUUAGCCAUAGACCCCACACCACCACCAUCACAUCCAAAGGGUUGUAUCCGCCGAAACGCCUAUAUUCCAGUCGAAGCAGAAUGCGAUGCCUACGUCGAGUGUAAAGAUUUCAUGCCAGUUCAAAUGAAUUGCCCGGACGGACUCCACUACGACCCCAGAGUUGAAUGGCCAAACUACCCUUGUGGAUAUCCCAUGGAUGUACAAUGUGUAGGCCGGAAUUUACCCCAGGCCGCAAAACCAAACCCCGACUGUCCUCACCGUUAUGGCUACUUCCCAUCUCCAGUCGCCGCUCCAAAUGACUGUGGCCAGUACCGCUUUUGUCUUGAUGGCAAGCCCAUUGAAAUGGAAUGCCCUACUGGACUAGCUUUCAACCCUGACUCCGGUCGCUGUGAUUGGCCGGGACUUGUCAAAGCUUGCAAUGUCGAAGCUUACCUGGGAUACAAAUGCCCUCCUGCCACAUACGACGAGAGUGGAGACCCAAUUGUUACAAACCACAGGUACAAGGGUAGUUGCUACGCUUUCUACUCGUGUCAAGGUGGUGGUCACCCUCGCCUGCUCUCCUGUGACGCUGGCUUCGCUUUCGAUGAAGCCGCUGGCAGGUGCGAGGAUGCCGACAAAGUGCGUUGUCAAGACAACGCAUCAACAUCUGCACCUGCAUUAGAAUAA